AUGGAAGCACUUCUUCAAGUACUUAAAUCGCUUAACAUUACUACCAAGUUGAUCACCCACCCAGAGGUUUUUACUGUAGAAGCAAUGAUGCCAUACCUCACAGAGUGUUCGGGAGUGGUUUGUAAAAAUCUUUUUGUCAAAGACAAGAAGAAGAAGAAGCUUUGGCUCAUUGUUGCAAAGCACGAUCGGAAAAUUAAUUUGGGAGAUAUUGCAAAAAAGUUGUCGGUAUCUGGUGGGUUCCGGUUUGCAGAUGAGCAAGUUUUGAUUGAUACCCUGGGUGUUUCUCAAGGUUGUGUGACUCCACUUGCUGUUUGUAAUGACAAAGAAAGCUCUGUGCAGCUUAUUCUUGAUAAUAUAUUAGUUUCGGAUCCAGAAACCAUGAUCUACUGCCAUCCAAUGGUAAACACGGCUACUAUAGGAAUGAAGAGUGCCGACUUUCAGCUUUUCCUUGAACACACCAAACACAAACCACUCACAAUAACAUUCGACGAAGAAUAG